AUGAAGAGCGAAGAUCACUCAGCCAUUAAUGUCCCGGAGUUGAGUACCGUUGAAAAAGGCAAAGCGCCUCUCAUUUCUACUGCCAGGGAGCAAAAGAGCGGAUACAAGAAAGGGUUGGGUAUUUCUGACUUCCUUCUAAUACUAGGAGCCAUUAUUGCAGCUUUAGCUACAGUUGCCACCAUGAGAACUAGUGAUGAAACGCUUACUUUCUUCACCCAAUUCUUACAGUUCGAAGCCAGUUAUGAUGAUCUUCCCACAUUCAUGUUUUGUGUGAUUACAAUAGCACUAGUUGGUGGAUAUCUCGUCCUUUCCCUACCUUUCUCCAUAGUCACUAUCGUUCGCCCUCAUGCGGUUGCGCCUAGACUCCUUAUCUUUAUUUUGGACACUACAUUAGAAGCUGCAAAGAACCCUGAACGCAUGCAUGAAUUGAUGAGUGAAAGAAGGAAGGAAAUAAGAAAACUAUGA